UGGAACUUGUCAGCUGAAGCCAUGAGUCACACAACUUAUACAUAAAGUCUGCAGGCGUGUGCAAGGAAGAGUAUGGAAUAUUCUUUUAGCACCUGGACUUAAUAUCUGGGAGGGUUGAUCAUUUCAGAAGAAACAAGCUGAGAGGGAAGAGUUGAGCAAAGGCGCGGUUCUGUGCAGACCAGCAAGCGCAUCAGAGGAACUUUGUCAGCCAAAUCAUCGGGUGGUGGGAGUCCAGUGGCCCCUCAACUCCACAAUGAGCUCAGGAGCCAGGUUUCGGGCCGGAUCGGGGUCUUCUGGCUUUGUAAGUCUUGCUGGCGAAGAUGCAAGAGAAGCGGGUCUUGGUACUGUGACCGUUUCGACCGUAACCAAAACCUACAGUUCAGAAGGAUCAGGGCUGCCCAGUCGAAGCUUGUCCUCUUCUGUGGCAUAUUCUCCCGUGCUGAAGGAGAGGAAGAUCAUGACCAACAUGGCAACGUCUCACUCUGAUGUUUUCGACGAGAGUUCGAGUACAGACUCAUCUCCUGAGUAUUCCAGGAAGGACUAUGGCUCCUCAAAGGCAACUUCAGGCUCUGCCGCUAGAGGGCGAUCUCACAGCCGAGAGAGCGAGAUCAGGGCCAGGCUCCAGAGUGCUUCUCCUUCAGCGUGCUGGACUGAGUUGGAUGAUGUGAAGCGUUUGCUAAGAGGAAGUCCGUCUGAAAGCACCACCACCACCACCACCAUACAGUCCCCUAACAACUCGCUGCCUAUCCCCAAGAAGGCCAGCGUGGAAACCAGGACUGUGUCUGAGGGCACCAGCACCAUUUUGUCUCCUAACAACGCUUUUCCCAUUCCCAAAAAGGCCAGUUUGGAAACACGAAUCAUGUCAGAGAGCGCCAGCACCAUUCAGUCUCCGAACAACUCUGUGGCCACACCCAAAAAGGCCAGUGUGGAAACCAGGCUUGUGUCUGAGAGCUCUACCGCAGCUUCAGGUCUGUCCACAGUUCCGGACUACUAUGGUGGUGUUUGGCCCGCGGGUGUUAACGGCAGCUACGGCUACAAUACAAACCCCAUCAACCUGACUACAACAUCUACCAUUUACCACUCAGGAGGUGGAGUUCAGAACAACAUAGCCCUCAGUUCUUCCCCUGCACACAGCGGCCAAUCAGCCGGCAGCACGGUGCCGGUGUACGGUGUUCAGAAUAACCUAACCAGCACCAGCCCUGCGCUCCUCUCUACUGCAGGAAUCACCACACCAAUCGGCUACGGUGUGCAGAAAAAUGUCUCUGGCUCGAGCCCCGGAAUUACCACAAGCACAGUGAGAGCCAGCAGCCCCUCCACUGACGAAACUUUGAGCAAAGAUCAUAAGUUUGCGCUGAUCGAGAAGGACAACGCUCCAGUCAAGAAGGAGUCCGAGCGACUGGUCAUGACCAAAGACACGGGCAAGCAGUUCAUGUCUGCCGCUCCCGCCACUUCUGCAGGUGCUUACUCUGACGACUCACUGAUGAGAGAGAAACAGAAGUUUGCAGAAGCCACAGCAAUGCAUGACAAAAGGGAGGGUGGAACUUCAGCGGCAGCCCUGAAAAUGUCCUCAAAAGAUAACAUUGGCUGUGCAGACAUGUGCAAUGACGGCCCGUGCUUUGGUUUAAGCCGCUGCUGCCGCUGCAGCUGGUGGAAGUGGCUGCUGGGCAUCCUGCUUGGCCUCCUCCUGCUCCUCGGUCUCCUCUUUGGACUCAUCGCUCUGAGUGAGGAAGUGAAACGUCUCAGGAAGCGAGUGGAAGCUCUGGAGGCCAUCACUGGCACUGCAUCUGCAAGGACCAGUCGCCUGUCCGGCUCCUCCGGCAUCAACAUUGUCGACCCCCUGGAGUCCAGAUACACUGACAGGAGUUAUUCCAGGCCCUCUGAUAAUGGCAUUAGUGUUGGGGCUCCAGUAGGGGGUGUAGACGGUGGAUCUGGGGAUCUGCAGAAAGCAGUGCAGCAGUUGGUCCGAGCCGAACUCCGCUCUGAUGCGUUUAGAGACUCACUAAAAGGAGCAAAAGGAGACCCUGGAAUGAAAGGGGACGCCGGCUUUCUCGGGCUCAAAGGUGAUACUGGAUUACCUGGCCUGCCAGGUCUUCCUGGUCCGGCGGGUCACCCGGGAGCAGAAGGACCCAGGGGUCUGAAGGGAAAUGCAGGUGCACCAGGUCUGCAUGGAUUACCAGGUGACAAUGGUCGGGACGGGCCAAUGGGCCCCCGCGGAGAAGCUGGACUACCAGGUUUUACACAAAAGGGGGAGAAAGGAUCUCCGGGUGAACCAGGACCAGUUGGCACUUCUGGACCUGUGGGGCAGAGAGGGGCUCCUGGUCCAAAGGGUCUCCAAGGGGAUCCUGGAAUUCGUGGGCAAAAAGGUGACCGUGGAACUCCAGGUUUGCCAGGAGCAAAAGGAGACGAGGGCGAAAUUGGACUACCUGGACCAGAUGGUGAGCAAGGACGGGAUGGAAUCCCAGGACCAAAGGGCUCCAAGGGAAUUGCAGGUGAUGCAGGUUUAAUGGGCCCACCUGGUGUAAGAGGACCCCCUGGCAUUCCUGGAAAUGAUGGUCUUCCAGGUGUUGCUGGGAUUCCAGGACUGCCUGGUGCUAAAGGUGAAAUGGGUCUGGCUGGUAAAGUCAUUGCUCCACUUGGCUCUGAGACUGUAGCCAUCCCUGGACCACCAGGACCUGCUGGGCCUCCAGGUCCUCCUGGAGCCCCUGGUUUGUCUGGUGCAGUUGGUCCAAGAGGACACCCUGGUCUGAAGGGGGACCAAGGUGAGAGAGGUGAGAGAGGCGAGAGAGGUGAAAGAGGUGAAAGAGGUGAAAGAGGUGAAAGAGGAGAGGCUGGUCUCGGCAUCACAAGUUCAAGUUCAGAAACUGUUAGUGCAACACGAACUGGUACACUGUCUUCAGUGGGUGGACUUAUCGGCCGACCAGGACCUCCAGGGCCCCCGGGACCUCCUGGUCCUCAAGGCCCUGCUGGUACCGGAGUGCCUGGACCUGCAGGGGCAAAAGGAGAACCUGGCAGUUUUGUACCUACAUCAGGAACCUUCUUUGCAGGACCGCCUGGACCGCCUGGUCCACAGGGCCCACAGGGUGAGCGAGGGCCACGGGGUUUCCGAGGUGAACCGGGUCAGCCAGGUCUACCAGGACAAACAGGUGGUUCAGGAUUUUCUGGUGUCUCCCUUGGGACCUCAUCUAAACCAGGACCCCCAGGCCCUCCUGGGCCUCCUGGCGCACCUGGAAGAGACUGGGGCGCCUCGAGUUCAAGUGACGUGCACCAGUACAUUGCAGAGUACCUUCAGAGUGGAAGCAUCAAGCAGCAGCUGGCAGGGCCUCCUGGGCCCCCAGGUCCUCCUGGGGCUCCAGGGGCGUCAGGAGAUGAGAUGGUGGAUGACGUAGCAAACCGAGUCAUCGCUUACAUGCAGAGUCAGGGCCGCGGCUUUGGUGGGGCUUCAGGCUCUGUUGGCCUAAGUGCUCAAGGUGGCUCCAUUGCUGUCAAUGACAUCAUCAGUCUCCUACAACGAGAGGAUCUGAGAAGAUAUGUGGCUGGUCCCCCGGGUCCACCAGGGCCCCCUGGAGCUCCAGGUCCUGGAAGUUAUAGAUUUAGCAUGCAGGAGGUGGCGGAACGUGCCCUCAGUUUAAUGAAAGACAGGGGGAUGCUAGGUGUCCCUGGACCCCCUGGACCUCCUGGACCUCCUGGGCGGUCCGGAAGUGGGUUCUCAAGUGGGUAUAGUACUGCUGUUGGCCCUCAGGGGCCUCCUGGUGUGCCAGGCCGUCCAGGACCACCUGGACCACCAGGAAAUGGAAACUACAUGAGCUCAGAUGUCCGUGAAUACCUGCAAAGUCUUGCUGUUGGAGGCCCCCCUGGCCCUCCCGGGCCACCAGGACCGAUGGGCCCCCCCGGUUUGGUCCAUGGACUUUCCCACACUGAUGGUGCCAACGGCGGGACGAUCAGAUCGGAAAGACGGGAAUAUGUCAGCAGUGACGGGACAAGAGGAGGUAUGUUUGGUAUUCCCGGUCCACCAGGCCCUCCUGGACCCCCAGGAGAAAAGGGAGAUGCAGGCGUCUCUGGUGGCAGGACCUGGAACAUGGAUGCUGGGGACUACUCUAGAAUGGCCGUGAGAGUAACCGAUUACAUCAAAUCCAACGGUCUGCUUCGAGAUAUUGUGAGGGAAUCUGGCGGCGCGGUCCAAGGCCUGCCAGGACCUCCUGGUCCCCCAGGGGCGCCUGGGUACAGUCAGUGGUUUGGCUCUCAAGACAACGUUGUGGAUGUGGUUGAAUACAUCAAAUCCCAGGGCCUCUUGCGGGACCAUGGGAGGGAUCAACAUGGGCGUGCCGCGCAAGGACCCAGAGGACCUCCUGGACCUCCAGGACCUCCAGGGUUUACUCGCUGGUUUGGUUCUCAAGGAAACGCAACAGACUUGGUGGAAUACAUUCGAUCCCAUGGUGUGCUGCGGGACAUCAUCAGGGACUACAGCAAUCACGUCCUCCAAGGGCCUCAAGGCCCACCUGGUCCUCCUGGACCUCCCGGCCAAAGCCGAGGGUCUGGUUCCGAUGGGGAUUACACAGAUCUUGUGCAGUACCUCCAAACUCGCGGCCUGCUUCGUGACGGCGCACGCAGCAACUAUGAACGCAACAUUCAAGGACCACCAGGACCUCCCGGGCCUCCAGGAGCCCCCGGGUAUAGCCGCUUGUUUGGUUCUCAAGCAAACGUCACCGAUUUAGUGGAAUUCAUCAGAACACACGGAGCCAUUGUUGGAGCACCAGGCCAUCCGGGACCAAAAGGUGACAUCGGAUUCCCAGGUCCAAAAGGGGACAGAGGUGAACCUGGUCUUCCAGGACCACAAGGGCCCAAGGGAGAGACAGGUGACUUCUCCAGUUUUGCAAGACGGUCGAAGAGGAACGUUCUCGUGCCACACGUCUAAAAACGUAGAUUUGAAUUAUGAGCGUGUUGCCAUGCAGCGGUUCGUGUUUAUUAUUUUUGCAUUCAUUAUUGCGGUAUCUUCUUCGCUGUCGGGGAUUAUGUUUGGCAUCAGUUAUAAACACAAAACGUACAGGCUGGAAUGAAAACAAACCAACAUGUCAUUGAGUGCGCAUGUUUAUCAAAUGAUAUCUUGUCAAUAUACAGUAGAUCUCCCCGCACAUUCACACAUCUUCAAUAUAAAGUUGGGGUUCAUAUCUGUUGGUCAUGUUUAAAGACUGCCACAGCUUCGGUACACACAAAACCUUUAUUAACACAAAAAUUUAAAUCUACAUGACACAGGACACCUAAAAACUAUAAAUGCACCAUGAUUUUGAGCCGAAUUACCAAACUGAUAUUAAUUUUCAUGUCAUCGAGAUUUGUGAAAUUAUGCUUUUGAUGCACAAGUGCAAUAUAAAGAAACACUACAUGCAAGUUUGUAAAAAUGUGCGCAGCACGCCGUUUUUUUUUGUGCCUGACUAUUAAAUACAUUCAGCGAUACUUUCAUGCCAAAUACCAAGAAAUGUGUUGAUAAAUCAUGACAGCCUAAACCAGUCAGGCUCAGGUGGUGCAUGAAAUUCAAGAGAUCGUCUUGGUUAGUCAUGUCAAACAAACAACAAACAAGCUAAGUGAUUCAUUUCAGUUUCAUUCAUCAUGAUAUUGAUAUGUUCAUGAACUGUACAAAUGCUUCUAAAGUAGGAAUGCUCCGAUCAGUAUUGGGGGAUUUCUGUAAAAAAUAAAUAAAAUUGUGUGAUCACUUGUGGCUAGCACUGACUAUCGCGGCCCACCGCGACCCAAUCGGGUAGCGUACUAUCCUGAUUUAACUAACGUCUUUGGCAGUGUGGUCCUCCCGCUUCGUUCAAAUCACCAACAAUCAUGUCUGCCGGGUGGAAGCUAACUGCUAACACAUAUCAAAGCUUUAAUUCUGAAUUUGAGGGAGUAUGGUGAGUUUUGGAGGCUCACAAUCACAGCAGCUAACAACCCGAAACAGAAUUGAAUUAAUCAGAGGAGUUGAGCAGCCUUUCUCUGCGGUGGAAGACGCCGCCACGUUCGCCAAAGUCUCUUCAAAGAAAGCGUCUCAUCCUCUGGAAGUUUCAGAGUGAUAUACGUUAUCUUCAAAAAGUAAGUAAAAUGUUUUUAUGGGCCCUUUUUCAUACAUAGCCAGUAGCAGCCAGGAAUUCUGGGUCCCAUGAAAAAAAAUGACGUUACCCCCAAAUUACUAAUUUUCACCUGUUUUUGGCCCCCCGGCAAUCAAGGGACCUUGGGAUCGCCCUGAUUUUCCCCCUUUAUACGGCACCCCUGGUCACUCAUCAUACAGUAAAUAAAUAGAAAAACGUAUAUCGUAAAAAAACGUAUCAAUCCAUAUGAUCGGAUCGGUAUCGGCCCAUUUAAAUCCCGGAUGAUCAGAAAAACCCUGAUCGGAGCAUCCCUGGUAGAAAUGUUUCUAACGUAGUAAAAGUUUGCAUGUGACUCCUGCUGGUGAAAUGCUUUAUUUGGAUGCUGAUGAAGAAAAAAAGAAUGCACACAUUUGUUGUGACGCUGAAUGUGCUGCUCAGGUGAAUAAACGCUGCCGUUCUCUUCCCUA